ACUCAACACUGCUCCACAUCGGGUAUUUUUCUUCUUCAUUUUUUGUGGUGUCGUUUUGCACGCAACACGCACAGCAGCAAUGUCGUCUCAGGAUUCAGACAAAACGACGUCCACGGAGAGUGCGUUCGACGCGCCGGCGGCGUCGCGGCUCGUGAUGGAGUUGCGUGGAGCCUUCGCUUCGGGCAAAACUCGCAGUUACGAUUGGCGAGUGACGCAGCUCAAAGCGCUCGAGAAACUCGUCGCCGAUCACGAGCCGGAGAUCAUCGACGCGCUCCGAAAAGACCUCGCGAAGCCGCCGCUCGAAACUGUGGCUUACGAGAUUGCUAUGUUGAAAAACUCAAGUAAAGUUGCGCUCAAAGAAUUGAAACAUUGGAUAUAUCCCGAAAAGGUCAAAACUUCACUCGCAACUUUUCCUUCUUCAGCUGAAAUAGUAUCUGAGCCACUGGGGGUUGUGCUAGUCAUCUCGGCAUGGAACUACCCUUUUCUUUUGUCACUUGAUCCAGUCAUUGGAGCUAUAGCAGCUGGUAAUGCUGUGGUUUUAAAACCAUCAGAAAUUGCUCCAGCCACAUCAUCACUGAUGGCAAAACUGCUGGGAGACUACAUGGAUAACUCAUGUAUUAGAGUUGUUGAGGGAGCAGUUGAUGAAACAUCCGCAUUGCUAGAGCAAAAGUGGGACAAAAUUUUCUAUACAGGUAAUGGACGAGUGGCACGUGUUGUGAUGGCUGCUGCUGCAAAACACCUUACACCAGUCGUGCUGGAGCUCGGAGGAAAAUCUCCAGUUGUAGUCGAUUCAAACAUCAAUUUAAAGGUAGCAACAAGACGAAUAAUUGCCGGAAAGUGGGGUUGUAAUAAUGGACAAGCCUGCAUUUCUCCAGAUUAUGUUAUAACAACAAAAGAAUAUGCUCCCAAGUUGGUGGAUGCGCUGAAGACUGAAUUGGAGAAAUUUUAUGGAAAGAACCCAUUGGAAUCAGAAGAUUUGUCUCGUAUUGUAAACUCCAAUCACUUCAAUCGCUUGAAAAAGCUCUUGGAUGAUGAUAAGGUUUCUGGUAAGAUUGUUCAUGGAGGCAAAAAGGAUGAAAGCAAAUUGAAGAUUAGCCCUACUCUUCUCUUGGAUGUCCCACGGGAUUCUUUGAUUAUGAGUGAGGAGAUAUUUGGUCCUUUACUUCCCAUCCUCACGGUAGACAAACUGGAAGAAAGCUUUGUUGUGAUCAAUUCAGGACCAAAGCCUCUCGCUGCAUAUAUAUUUACAAAUAACAAGAAGUUUAAGGAACUAUUUGUUAGGAAUAUUUCAGCUGGCGGCGUGGUUGUCAAUGAUACUACUUUACAUCUUGCGGUUCAUACUUUGCCAUUUGGAGGAGUUGGUGAGAGUGGAGUGGGGGCAUACCACGGGAAAUUCUCAUUUGAUGCAUUUAGCCACAAAAAGGCAGUUCUCUAUCGCAGUUUUAUUGGUGAUGCAUCAGUUAGGUACCCACCAUACACAAGUACAAAGCAAAGAUUGCUAAAAGCCCUCAUUGGUGGUGGCAUACUUGGUAUUAUUCGUGCCCUGUUUGGUUGGUCCUAGACUUUAAUAUUUAGUACAUUGGUAUCUCGAUGCUUUUAAUACUGCUUUCAUUAUGGAUAUAAUUUAAUUUUAUGUAUAUAUUGCUGUUCUUCAUAGGAUUUCUUUUAAGACGCUUUGUGGUUAUCAUGUUCUAUCAGUUUCCAUGCUAAUAAGCACUGAUAUUGGUAUCAUAAUGGUAAAUCUUGGUUUGAUUAGUUGUA